ACGAUCCGCCCGGUCCAGGAAUUGAACUCACGACGCUAGGAUCGCGAACCCAACAGCCUCACCACCAGGCAACGCGCCUCCGUAUUUCAUGUAGUUUGAUGUUUUAAAUGAUUCAUUGACAAAGACAAAUACCUAAUCAACUAAUUUAAGGGAGACAACCACAAUAUUAUAAAGGUCUAACCAUCACGUUUUAUUUUCCUUUCCUUACAACCAUGUGCUUCGUUUCUAAUUAAAAUAAAUCAAUUGCAAAUCAAAACGAAACUUUAUCGUGUCUUGUAAUUCAUGAUAAUCUCUUAAGCGAUUCUUGGAUCGACCGGAAGUCCAUCAGAAUUAUUACGUUAUCAUUGGAAGCUAAGUUGUUGAAUAAUCAAUCGCUGAACCUUCGACAACACGCUACAUAAAAAAAAAUAAUUUAUUACACAGCAUUUUCUUAAAGAUUGAUGGAAUUCAUUUACAACCCUCAAGAAUUUCAUUGGAGUCUUCCUGGUUGUUCAGCAUAUAAAGAAAUACCAUUAAGUAAGUUUGAUAAAAUAAUUAUUGAAAAGUGGAAUGAAGCAAUGCAAAAGGGAUACUUUAAAUAUGAGUUGAAUUUAAAGACCAAAAUUCUUCCUGGUAAACGGGGCUAUGUUGCCCAGUUAAAUCCUCUCAGGUUUAUUGAGAGAAGAAAACCUCAACAUAUUCAAAGUGUCAAUCAGGAAUUUGAUCCAAAUUCUUUCAACUUCAAUAAGAUUCAUGAAAAAGAAGUAUUGCUGUUACCAGUUGGUUUACACUGGAUGAAUCAUGAUCCACACAAUAAGUUGAAAAAUAAAAUAAUCAUUAAUGUGAGUCCUUUGGAGUUUGGUCAUUGUUUGAUUAUACCUGAAAUAAAUAAAUGUCUUCCACAGGCUGUCACUUCAUUUGGACUACAGCUUGCUGUAGAAUUUCUUUUACUCAGUAAACAUCUGGGAUUGUGUGUUGGCUUCAACAGUCUUUGUGCCUUGGCUUCUGUGAACCACCUUCAUUUUCACAGCUAUUAUCUUGAUGAACUGCUACCUAUUAAAAAAUGUAAAGUCCAGCAUUUAACAAAGAACCUUUAUGAGAUUUUAGAUUGGCCUGCUUCUGGAUUUAUCUUCCAGCUGGAAGAAAAUGCUUUGGUAACUUUUAUUGAAAAUGUUGUGAAAGUGACACAGUAUUUUCAAAAAGAAGAAAUUGCACAUAAUAUUAUGAUUUCAAGAGGAACAAUUUACAGUCAGCAUCAUAUGGAAAAUGAUAAUGCCAUUAAUUUAUUUUUAUGGCCCAGAAUAAAGUAUGAAGGUGCAAAGAAUUCAGACUGUUUUAAUAUAGCACUUGCAGAACUCGCUGGACAGUUACCCAUCAAAGAUCUGAAAUCAUUUGAAGAAAUUACUGAAGAAUUAGUUGACCAGACUAUAAAUGAAGCAGGUUUUAAUGAAAGGGACUUUGAAGUUUUAAAAAAACAUGUUAUUAGUUUGGUUUCUUAGCUUAUAGAACAAAUCAAUAUAAUUAAAUGUGGACUUUAUUCUGGAAAUAUUUUUAUGGAGAAACAAUGCUAAACUCAAUAACCCUUUCAUCAACCAUGUGGGCUAAAUUUUGGUGCUUCAAGUCUGAAUUUUGUGGUAUGAAGUGAACAAAUCUUUCUUUAUCUUUUGGGGUUUGCAGGAAGGGGCAGUAUCUAUGGCCUUUGCAGGUCAUCCCAGACCAGUGUAAUUGUGUCAUUAGUGAUUCUCUUGAGCUGUUGCAAGUCAACACCUACAAGAAAGGAAAGUACAUGGAGGAAAUUCCAGUGUGGUCACAUUCUGGCAAAGAAGGCUAGGAACAGCAGUUAGUGCAAGGCUUAAAGUUUGGAUACAGAAAGGAGGGGAGAGACAAGAGUUUGGGACUGCCUGAGUAGAUGUUGCAUGAUCCCAGCUAGCUCUUCGGAUAGAAUGUAUUCUUCUGGUAACUAUCCUUUAAAAUGGUCUGUUAACUAUUUGCCCAAAAUUUAGUUAACAGAAGAAUAUAGAAUUAGCUGCUCUUUCUAGAAAAGCCUUAUAAAACUCCUGCAGUAAAUAUAGUCUCUAAACUCAUGAAAUAUUGGUUUCAAAUGUUGGCACAAGGCCAACAAUUUCAGUUGAUUACAUUAACCACAGUGCUCAACUGGUACUUAUUUUAUCUACCCUGAAAGGAUGAAAGUCAUAGUCGACCUCAGCAGAAUGUGAACUCAGAACGUAAAGACAGUUGAAAUGCUGCUAAGCAUUGUGUCUAAUGAUUCUGCCAACUCGUGAAAUGUUAAUGAUAUAUAAUUUCAUGUCACCAUGCUUGCAUUAUGAUUGUGGUUAAGACAUUUAAUUCUCAAAUAUAUUUUCUAACUGUAAAUAGGUUUUUGCAUGUUAAGAACAAAACACUGCUGCUAAAAUUAAUGGGUGCUUUAUUAGCUUGUAGUGCUCCUGUGUGUAUAACUUAAGAGAAUGAUGGGUAUGGCCAAGCCAACUUGGCUAAGACAUAUAUAUGUGAAGUUUUGAAGUUUAUAUAUUCAAUUAUGGCGACAAUAAAUGAAGUUGAAAAAAGUUCUUAAGUUACAAAGAACUAGACUAUGCAGAGGAAACAUUUAUAUUACACUGUUACUGUAUUUCUGGAUGUAGUUCCCAUGUUAAUACCGUGAAAAACCUCGCUCUCUAGCUAUCUUUUCCUCCCUUUCUCCAAAAAAAAAAAAGAAACAACAAAAUUUUCUCCUUAUCAAAACAAAGCAAUAAACAUCCAUAAAAGAAUCAGCAAACAACAAAACAAAAAAUGUCACAUAACAGAACGAGGAAAUGCUCUGUUUUUACCAUUUUGAUUUUAAUUCUUAUCUUGAAGAGUUUGUUUAAACAAACAAAAGUGCUAAUAAUAAAGAAUUAUAUGAUAAAGAAUUAUCCAAAAUUGUGACUGCCUCCUUUUCUUCUUCAUAUAUAUGUAGUUGGAAAGGUGUAGCAAAAGAUGUUCUGGUAGCAGAUGAGAUAGGUAUGUGGACGACAUCAAAGUAAAACAAUAGGAAAGCAUCAGAUUGUGGUUUAAAUAAUUUAUUUAAAUGACACUUGCAUCUACUUGUUGUAUACACAAAACAAUUCACUACAUGACAUAACAAACUUACUUUGAGUUGGUGAAGAAGAAAAUAAACGGGAAAUACUGUGUUGAUAUGAUGGGGUAGAACUAGACAUGUUUUGUGUCUUUGUGUGCAUUGGUCAUUCAGUGGUGCCUGUUUAUGUUCUGCAUCUGCUACUGUAUGUAGGUUGCCUCCUGUUCACUUGAACCUUAAAUUACAUGGCUCAGGUCGUAGGUUGAAUGGAAAACCAUCCAUCACUUUUUGACAAGACAAAGAAAUUUCUUUCGUGCCUGUUUAGCCAGUGGUGGAUCAGAUGUGUGAGAAUCCUUGGAUUUGGUUUUGAAUCUCAGCUCAGAAAAAGGAAGUGUUAGUUUAGAAAUUCCCUGUAGAAGUGGGGCAGGUUAUGCAUCAGGUACAGUACAGUUAUAUAGCGAUUGAUAAUCACUGCAAACUCGCCAAUCAGUUAAUGACUUCUUAGGAAUGCAGUAUAUUAGUGAGGACCAGUUGCUGCUGGAUGGGCAGAUGAUUCCGAGAAUUUAUAAUGCAUUUUCUCAUUUAUUAAAUAACGGUACACAC